AUGUCAAAAAAUAAAGGAAAGCAAGAAACUAUCAGAUCCGGGAGAUCAAAAUUUUGCCCUUCUAUUAAGCCUUUACCAGACGAUUUUGAAGAAAAUUUAUCUAAACUUGAAAUUCAAAUAAAUGAAAAUGGGACAAUUGAGAUCUUAAGGACACUACUUGAAAUGUAUUCCGUAUAUUUUAUUUAGCAAGCUAUUGAAUAUCAUGAAGCUAUGAGAAACAGCAAGUAUCGAGACUAUCAAGUCAGAAUGAACAAUUUAUUGCUAAACCAAGAUGCUAUUCUUGCCCCAAAGCCACCAAAAAUUCAAAAUUCCGGGCAGCUAUUAUCACAAAGGGCUGCUGAAAAGACUGUAAAAGAACACGAAUUCAUAUCCCAUAACGCUUCUCGGCAAGUCCAAUUAAAUUUGAAGGGCCAAAACGAUAGCUUAGUGAAUAGAGUGCAAGUAAGGAAAACGAGAAAUUUAAGCACAUCGCCAACUCCGUUAUAUAAAAAGCAGUUUCGUGAAUUAAUAGAACUUAUUCCCAUCUCCGUGAGUGAACAAAAACAUCUUGGUCGCUCACAGAGGGGGGUUAAUUUUUUUUUUAAAAAAGUUUAUAUAUAAAUUUUAAAGAACAAUUUUUUUUUUAGAAUUUAAAAAAAUCCCACUUCUCGAAAAUUGGAAGGCAAAUAUUAAUUUAAUUUGUAAAAUUUUGUUUUUUAAAACGCAAUUUGUUUAAAAUUAAACAGAAUUAGCUCGAGAUUUCAUUAUACUAACUAUCACUUAUAUAUCAAAAAUUUUUUUCAUGUAAAAUUUUCUUUUAAACCUUUUGUUACGGAGGGUGGGUUUUUUGGCAAAAAUAGGGAUUUUUCUAAUGGUUUUGUUCGCUCACGGAUGGGGGAGUUAGUAAAACAUCAACCAGGAAAAAUAAAGAAAGUGACAUAUCUGGUGGAAUUUCUCAAAAAAAGACUCCCCAAGAGCUAGAGCUUGAAUUAGAAAAAAUUUUGGAAGUUCAUAUUACAGAAAAGCGGGUGAUGCGUAUUUUCACCCACUAUAGAAACCCUAUGCUCGUAAAUCCAUCCAUCACUAAUGGAAAAUUGAUGAAAAAGCAUGAUUUUCAAUUUCUAUCUGUGAUGGUGGAUUUAUGAGUAUAGGGUUUCGUAUUCUUCCAAUGGUGGAUGGAAAUACGUGCUACCCAAAAAAGCUGGUUAAUAUCCAGAAAAUUAAAGAAAAAUAUAGAAAGCUUGGUGAAGAAAAGCAUAGUAGAGGAGAAGAUACAACCCAUCUUGACUAUGAAAUGAUGAAUGAAAUAAAUGAUAUGGAAAAUCACCUUGAAGAUAAAAGAAAGGAAUCUCUUAACCCUUUUAAAUUGGAAGUCAAAAUUUAUUAGACCUUUAUUUAUUUAUUGAUAUUUUUGGAAAAUAAGACUAAAAAGUUAGAAAAUUAAGAAAUGACAUUGUUGAAACUUUAUAG